GUCGGCGCUUAACGCCCUUCGCUGGCGCGUGCGGGGCCAAAUGGUUGCGACCGGCGACUCGGCGCGGCGAUGCGCGCGCGUCGACGGCGUUUAUUCUACCCCGGGCGUCGACGGCGUUUAGUCUACGACGGCCCUCGAGGCCCGCGUCGAUGGCGCGCUCUCCGCGCGGCUAUUUUACCGCUGCGGGUGGUCAGGCGUGUUCCGGUCAGCAGCCGUGCGCAAGUCGGAGGCGCUUCGGCGUCGACGCGCAGCCUUGCGUGGCUCGAGGGCUUUCUCAGAUCCAAGCGCUGUGGGUAUGAGGAGCCAGCCGCUCGGUGCCGUCGUCGGCACUUUUUUUUCCGCUAGCGUUGUAAACACACUAGCAAGCACUUCAGCCGACAAAACUCGUCCCAGCGGCUCGCAUAGUUGCGUUGAGCCUACGUUAACUAUUGCAUUCGACUGAUUAUUGAGUUGGCUUGCGCCAACGAAGCGCUGCGCGGGAACCUGUUCGCAUCAGCAAAGCACCAGGGCUUGUGCUGGCAGUGACGGCUCGCAGCAGCGCGUAAGGCGAACGCGACGAAGACUGAUUCAUCCAGCACCCACAUUGCUGAUCAGUGCUGCCACACGCGCUGCUGCUGAAGCCAAUGAUGCUGCGCCGCGCGCUAGCCCAAAGCCUGCGCCGCAGCAGCACGGCACCACCGGAACAAAAACAACAGAGACCCGUCGUAAAACAACUGCUAAACGCCAUCCGCAAGACGCCCUGGUGGGCCGGCGGCGACGUCGAGCGGAACCGCACGCUCUUCGAGGAGCUGAUGGAACGGGGCAACGCGCGCUGCCCCCAUUUAGGGAGCACGCACGAGGCGACGACGACGGACUAUGGUGGAGUGCGCAUCGCGCCUAGAGAUAGUGAAUCGAAGGCCACUAUUUGUUUUGUCCACGGCGGCGGUUUCUUUGCGGGCAGCCCGCACGCGUAUCGCGGAGCCGUCGCUUCGCUGAUCGCGCGCGUGCCCGGUGGGUGUACGGCUUUAUUGCCGAAAUAUAGAAGAGCGCCCGAGUUCACUAUUGCUGAUGCAGUAAACGACGUCGUCGGGCAGUACAAUGAACUGACCGGUCCGAUCGUGCUAGCUGGUGAUUCCGCCGGCGCUUACUUAGCACUAAGGGCGGCGCAACAACUCUCAAGUAAACCAGCGGGCGUGCUGCUCUGGUGCCCCUACCUGCUGCAUCACCCGACGAAGGAUGUGCAACGGUCAUUAUCUUCGGACGGCGAUUUUCUGGACGUUUCGUCGUUACAACCGGCAAGACACGUGAACGACGAACAAAAUGACGCGCGCCACGCCUUCGCUCUGACCGCGUCCGGCGUCGACGAUAUGAUGAUACUAAGUGGAGAGCAGGAAACGUUGCAUGUUGAUGCCUUGACGCUAGCACUAACAGCGAAAGCCUCCGGCACAGAAGUCACACACAAAACCUACGAGGAGAUGUUCCACGACUUUAUGCUCUUCCCCAAGUUCCUCAGGUGCUGACGCAGCGUCCGUCGCGAUGCCGCAUCGCUCGCGAGUGCACGGAGACAGUUUCGCGACGGUGUCCGUGCCACACAGGGAGGCCGAGGACGCCCUCUCAGAAUCUGCGCAAUACAUCGCACAACGGUGCGACCCUGUCGUAGAAUCGGAAGUCGAUCGGUUACGGCGGGAGCUCGCGGAGGCCCUUCAAGAGGAGGACGUGGAGGAGCCUUCAGAAGCCACUUCAGACGACAUCGAGGACUGGGCUAAAAGGGUGAGUCGUUUCGUGGGCGUGGCCUGGGAUGAAAAAAGGAGGAAGUGGAAAGUCACUCUCAACGAGUUAGAUGGCAAGGAUCGAACCAUAGGUCGGUACGACGACGAGCGCGAGGCGGCCUACGCGCGUAACAAGGCGGUGCUCGACGCGGGCCUGGAGGGUAGACGUCGGAUGAAUGCGGUGGACGAGCAUGGUGUGCUCGUGCCGCCGGGCGCGCCGCAUCGGCGGGCCAAGGCGUCGGUCAUAGCGCCUGAUCCCCUCGCGGUGACGAAAUACGGUGUCAGCAAGUACUGGGGCGUCACGUGGGAUAGAAAAGGAAGGGUCUGGCGGGCGCAGUAUACCGAUGGUGAUGGGAAAAGAAAGAGCGUAGGUCGUUAUGGGAACGAGGAGGAGGCGGCCUACGCCUAUAAUGAUGCGAUUCGCGAGGCGGGCUUGGAAGGCGUGCGCAAGGUGAAUCCGGUCGUCGACGGGAAACUGGCCCUGAAGCCCCCUCUCAGAGAUCCGACGGCGGCCCAACAGUCCAAGUACUGGGGCGUGACCUGGGCGCGCAAGCAGAGCAAGCAGUGGCGGGCGACUUAUAAUGAUGCGAACACCGUCAAGCGCCACAUCGGCUAUUUUGAUGAUCAGGAGGCCGCCGCGCUCGCGGUGAACAAGGCGAUAAUCGACGCGGGCCUUGCUGGUGUAAGGCGCAUGAACGAGAUCGACGCCGACGGCAUGCCCGUGCCCCGGCCGUGGGGUGGAGGAGAUUAAAUUUAGUGUUAGUGUGCACGGAGGGGGAAAACCCGGCCAAGUUGAACGGAGUGAAGCCUGCCCGGUUCCGUGCGGGUUGCAUAAAGGUCGCGCUG